AUUCUUUGAAUAGCUACAUAUAUAAAUAUCCCUGUAGAAUAACAUAACUUUCUUUUUUGCUGUUGCAUUCAUAUUCUUAAUUAAGUGGUAGAACAAAGUUUAAAAAGUACAAAGGAUUCUGUUUUGCUGAACUCCUCUGUCAAAGUACUGUGAAAAUAUACACAUCUAUUCAGAAUAAAGGACAGUAAACAGUUUAUAUUAAGAGUACAGUACCAAAAAUAUACUAUCUGCAUUAGUCCUAACUAAUCCUUCAGGACUAGUCCUUCGGGAGUAGGGCGGUAUAUAAAUCUAAUAAUAAAACUAACUAUAUUCAAAGGGGAAAACAGAUAAAUGUGUGUUACACUUUAUUGUUAUGCUGUGCAUGAAUUUGUUCUGGUAACGUUCUUGAGAAUGAAUUCUUGAAUGAACUAUGUAUUUUGUAUAUUACAUCCAUAUGUAUACUCUCUUGCACUUUUAUUACAACUUCCCCAGCUUACAGAUACACAUACUUGAAAGAUUAAGAUCUCAACAUUUUUAGAGGAUAGCAAUUACUAGAUCUGUUUCAGUCUGUUUCUCUGAAAAGACGACGAGUAUAUUUGAAUGUAUGCUUAUAUUAUUUAUAAAAUUUAAGUGUGCUGAAACAUUUAAUAUGUUUCUAAAAGGGAACGGAACUUUUUAUUUUUUGUAAACUGGCCUCUAUUUUUUCAUCUUGGAGAAAGGAUGUUUCAGACCCAACUCCGUUAUCUCGGAUUAUGGUUUCAACAAUCUAUAGUUCUCAAUCUGUUAAACAAACUCUGAGUCAGCCAUGAUUGCAGGCAGGCAAAUAGAGCACAAUUGCAGAUUGAUGGAGUAGGAACUCCUACUCCUCAGUUCAGAGCUGAAGAAGCUUCUUGGAUGAGAAGCGAAACAUCUUCAAAGAAAAAACAGAAAGUUCAGUUGCCUCAUGAAAAAGCACCUUUGGGACAAUAAUGACCUGGAUGACUGAGAAUCUCCAUAGAGAUAAUGUGCUGGUAUUUUUCUGCAAUUGGAAUUAGUUUUUACACAUUUAUAAGGUUUAAAAUCUAUGUGGUCACUAAGAGUCAACAACUUUAUGGCAUGUAAGCAGUGAUCUCUAGAAAUAUUAGUAUAUUCUGUAAAGUAUUGUCAUUGUAAUAACUAUAGAUUGGGUUUGGUGGGAUUAAUUGCUAAAUCAAGUUCAGUUGUGUGGGGUUUUUAAAGCAUGUCUUUUAGCAAGCCACAAGAGGGCCCUGUAUAUAUGGUGAAUGCUGUAUUUUCAGGAUGUGGAUUGGUUAAAGAUGAGAAUUAAGCUCUUGAGCAUUUAAAACCACUAUUUGCUAGCUGUAAAUUUACAACUGCAUAGAAUUUUACUGUUAAAUAGAACUGGCUUUCAUUUACGUAUAGCUGGCGUACUUGUUUCUACUGCUUCACUUGAAAACAGUUGAUAUUGUGAAUGUAUUUUCUAUCACUAUAUUCAACUUUUGGAGUUGAGUUUUAGUGUGUUUUCUGAAACUUAAAUAAACUGCAAAGUAUACCAGACGAAAUGGUAUUACCUGCAGUAUUUGUACAUUUUAAAAACAUGUAUUGUGAUUUAUGACAAACAUUUAAACCUAUCAAAAUUAAAAACGCCCUCAAGUUUAGCUAAAUCUCCUGUGAUUACAUAAUUAUAGUAUCCUUGGAAAUGAUUCACCAGUUUCUUUCAGAAUGUUUUAAUUUUCCCAUUCUAAACAAGUAUAAUGCAAUCUCCCCGUCCAUCCAAGCACUAAUCCUAGUCUGAUAUUGAAUCCAGUUGGCGAGAUCGUGUUACUAGCCGACAUUUUAACACUACUUUGCUCAAAUGCAGCCUCAAUAAAUUGCGAUUUAAAUACAAGAUCAAUUCUUGACAAUGAAGUUCCGCCCUCUUUUAACAACGGAAUGAGGCUCCAAGCCAGCCUGUAAGAGGUCACGUGGCCUCAUCGGACUUCAAAGGCAUGGGGUUUUUUUACAAAGUCUUCAGGAACCCGAGUUCUCGCGAGAAUCUACAAUGUGGUUGCUAUGGAUACAUAAUGCUGUUGUCUCUAGAGUUAAGAUAGGCUACGGAUCACUCCGGGGAAACUUGCGUUGAGGCAAAUGGCUGAUUCAGAAAAAGAGGUGAUUGAUCUGGCUGAAGGAGAUGUGGAAGUCACUUCUACAGAAAAGCAAACAGAAGAAAUUACAGAUGUUGCAGAUUCUAACAAGGAGCAGACAGAUAGAGUCCCCUUGAAUGAAACAGGUCUACCUUUAAAGCAAGAAUACAACAUAGAUUCAACAACACAAGAAUUGGGUAUUGCUGAGGAACCAAUGCAAGAGCAGGAUGCUGCUGUAGAACAAGUACAAAGGCCAGAUGCAUUUGAGAACCUGAACAUUAGUCAGGAACCAGUACAGGAUGCAGGUAUUGCUGAGGAGCAGUUACAGAGGUUAGAUUCUGCAAAAGAUCAAACCACAGCCAAGGAACCAGGCAGAGAGGAAGAGGUAGUUGCGGGUGUGGCUGUUGCUGAAGAAUUGGCAUUGGAGUUGGACACAGCACAAACAGAAUUUGAUGCAAAACUCCCAGAUUUUCAGGAAGAUGUUUCACAUUUCCAAGAUUUUGAUCACGAAAUUAAACCAACCGGAAUUGAGACGGAUGCAACAGCAUCUGAAAGUACAGGUGCCAGUGAGGGUGUUUCUGAACAGCAUCCUGAUUUAGCAGCUGUUGUUCCAGAAGGCAUAAACAUGGAAAAUUUGGCAGCUCAGCUUUCAGAAAUGAUAAAAAGUGCUAUCGUAACAGUUAAAUUCAUGCUGCAUCCUGAUAUCCAGAUUUUCACAAAGUCUUUUAACAUUAAUCAAAAUGUGGAGCAAAUCAAGCAGUACUUUGUAAAGCGAUUAAAAAUACCGCUGGAUGUUUUACAAAUUCGGUUGCUAGGGAGAAUAAUAGAAAAUUUUGAAACUCUCUGGAAUCUUGGUGUGCAACCUAAAGGGACAAUACAGUUUGAUAUGUACUCAUUAGACAGUGAAAACUUUCCACUCAAAGCAUACAAACUUCUGCAAGAAUACUAUAUGCCUGAUGUUAUAUCGGUUCGAGUUCAAAUAGAGCCAGACACUUUUCAGGAUGUAUGUAUAGAAAUUAAAAGACCAUCAUUUGAAAAACCAUUCUUGGGUGGAUUUAGACAUAAAGAAACGGGCACGGAAUAUCAUAAUGCAGGAUCACAGACAGAUCCCAAAAAACGUCCAGACAAAGAAUAUGAAGAGUUCUGUAGAUCAACACAGACAGUGGUAGAAAGAAAAAAAUUACAAGAGACCACAAAUACAACUUGUACACAAAUGACAAAAAUUGGUGUUUAUGUGUCAAAUAUCACUGAUAAACUUAUAGAACCAAAGCCAUAUGUGACAGCUGAAGAAUAUCAUGCACGACGACUUAAGGCGACCAUUGUAAUCCAAACCUAUUAUCGACGAUGGCUAGCUAUUCAGUGGGUAAAGAAACUAAAAGAACAAUUAAGACUGAGACUGGAAUGGGAAAGGCAAGAGGAACUAAGAAAACAGAGAGAGAGGGCAGAAAAAUUGCUAAGGGAAUAUAAUCGAAGAAUGCAUCCGAAAUCAAAGGAUGAUUUUGAAUUACUUUAUCAUGCCUUAGAAUUAUGGAGAAAAGAGGAACUUGAGGGAAUCAACAGCACUUUCACUGGAGCUGAAAGGAAAGCAGCUCUCUGUGGACUUCUGGAAAAAGAGACCCAGCUGAUUGCUUGCAUUGGGAGACACAAACUAAAUGCAGUAGAAGACAACCACGAAAAAGCAAUCCUGUCCUUUCUGGAAAAGUGUGCAGAACCAAAGAGAUGGAAAGCAUUUGAUGGCAGAACCACAGAAAUGGAUACACAAUUCACACUGCGGGCCAGGGAAUUACUUGGAAUCUAUCGCAGCAUUAGUAUGAAAGAUCUUCCCCAAGAUGAGCGGUUAGAUGUGCUGUUAACUCUGAAACAUACAGUGAAGGAACAUGAAUGUAUACUCACACAAGAAAUAGUGGAAUUAAUUGAUAGAGAAGCAGACCUCAUGAUGAGGGCAGUGAAAGAAUGUAAUUUACAAGGACUUCGGCAAAGAAUCUGUACAUUAUUUCUUCAGUAUAUUAAAACACCACUUUUCAAUCCAGAGGUUGCACGACUUCUCAAGGUGCCAGCUGAUCCAAUGAAGCUUUAUCACAACAUCUAUUUUUGCCUGGGUUGCAAAAAAUACCUACCUUCUACUAGCUUUGCCAUAUCUGUUAGUUCUUGCACCAUCGGCCGGUGUCGUCAGUGCUGCAAGCUGGAUAAUGAGGCUCGUAAGAGGGAAGCCUUUUUGAAGUACAAACGGAUGCUUCGAAAUCUCAGAGACUCUGAAAUGAAAUACAACGACGGUGCUAAGAUUGCCUUUAUACUUCAGCUGCAAGACUUACACUACAUGGUUGAACAUUUCUGGGGUUCUCAGUCAGCUCUUAGUGCUUGGGAUGAUCUGUAUGAUUUGGUCAUGGUCAGGUGGAAUAAGUGGCAAGAAUGGUCUCCCUGGAACACUAUUCUUCUCAAAGAUGAUGAAGCCGAAGCUCAUCUUAAACUAAGUGAUCUUGAGAAGGCUUAUGAAAAGGUGUUCAUUCACAGAGUAAGGCACAAACAAAUGCUUGCAAGGAACUAUUUCUCUCAGUUCCCAGAGCUGGCAGCUGCUCUUCAUAAAAGUGACAAGCAAACUAACACAGAAGAUAUUUUAGUAACGAAGUCUGUAACAACUGCUUCAUCAAAGUAACACUUAAAGAGAAGUUUAGAACAGUUCUCUUAAAAGAAGAGAACAUUGCUUGGAAAAUUGGCCUGAUCAUGAGCUUAAAGAAUGUUUAUUUGCAUGCCCUGGGUUUUUCUUUAAAUUACAUUGCCCAAACGUCAUCUUAGAACUUCAUUUCCAAUCCAUUAUUGUUAACACUGCACUUGCUUCCUUCACAUAUACCUCUGGUAUACAAUAUGCUUUUGGAAGGAUAUAUUGUCUGCUUUGUCAUUUUUCCUUGUUAAAGAAAGAAUAUUUUGGUAGCCUAGCCAAGUCUUAAGUAACAACUUUAAAAGACAAUUUUAAAAUAGAGAGCAGCUGUUUUGUUUUCAAGAAUGCCUGCAUAUGAGACUUGGUAUAUAUUAAAGACCUUGAUUUCUUAAAUUUAAUAUAUAUAUAUUUUCUUACUGCCAGCACUAUCUCUUUUUUAUUGUAUCACAGCAGGUUAGAUAUAAUACAAUUUAUUGAGGCAACAAUGAAAAAGGAUGUCAGAGGUUAUUCAUUUUUUCUGACCUUUACUCUCUAUAUGCUAGUCAUCAACAUCUUAGAGAGUAAAUUCAAAUAGAAGUCAAACAGCCAUGGUUAAAGACAUCUUAAAGAUUUAUAACUAUUUUGUGUGGCUUUCAUAAUAUUUCUGUACUACUAUGAACAUAGACUAAUACCUUGGUUCUUCGGUAACCCAAUUUAUACAUAUUACAUAAUAGAUCAAUUUUUAAUUGCUGGAAGCAUUAGAGUAGAAUGUGGACAAUUGCAAGGAGGUAUUAAAUUUAUUCAGUUGUAUAAGCACCAUAAAUAUUACCAGCAAUUACACAAAGUAUCAUAACAUUGUGUUUAGAUAUCAGUCAUCAUGAUUUAUUUGGAAAAUGUUUUUCAAAUUCAUUGCAGGAAAAGAUCACUGCUAUUUUAGAAAAGUGCACAGACACUGCCUAUAUCCAGCAAAACUAGCUGAUGGUGUUUUUCCUUGAAAGCUAAGGUUUUGCCAAGUACAACCUGCCUUUAAAGUUUCCCUCAGAGGUGUUUAUAUUUAUGAUACCAAUAAGGAUUCAUCAGUAUCAACAAUUUAGGCAGGGAUAGAACAUCAUUUCAAAUAAUGAGAGCAUGUUGAUCAAUGUUCUCACAAAGUGACUCUCUUGAUGGAUCAGCAAUAAAACCCUCUGUCAUCAGACGGCAAUAUGGUAAAAUUCCUUCCCACACUCUUCCCUCAAAAUUAUUUUUACCUUCUCUCUCUUUUUUUUUCCUGGACCGUCAGGCAGAGUUGCAAACAAAGCACUGGCUCAAAUAAUCCAUUCUCUCCCCUCCUCCCGCCCCGCCCCCUAAAUAUGUCUCUGGUCUAUGUGAAUCCAGAGUCAUUCUUGUAAAUCAUAUUAAGGUAGAGGCAAUUACUUUGUUUUGCAGUGUGCCAGCUUUCUAUUUAAAAGAACCUGUAAACAAUUAUAAUCAGAGGAGUUAGGUACCCUGGUGGCUGCUAAGUGAUGCGUCCAAACACAUUGGUGUCAUAAGCAUUAUCUUGCCUUCCUCUCUUUUAGGACCAUUUGGGAAAUAUACAUGAGGCAAGUUACAACCACAACCAAACAUGAGGGCAACUUAAUUAUCUUUUCCUGUUUCUCUGAUAUCUACUUAAUAUGUAUCAAAAUUUUAAAUUAUAGAACAAGAACUUUAACAAAUGUUGGUUGGCUGCCUUUGCACACUACAUUUCUCUGUUGUUCUCUUGAGAACAAUUCUUGUGUGAUAAAUUCAGAGGAAUAAAAUUCUUGACUUAGAAAGAGUCUUUUUAUGUAUGUAGUCUUCUGCUGGUGUUUGGGUUACAUACAAAAGACUGGAUUACUUUAUACUGACAUCUUCAUCCAACAGAUCUAAAAGUUUGCUGUUACUAUAAGUCCACUAACCAUUUUAUAAUAAAUAAUAAAGACCUUUUGUGAAAGAAAGCAAAACAAAAAUGGUUUCCAUGGAAAAUUAAUAAAAAUAGCACAAAGUA